AUAAUCCAAGUUAGAUCUUGUUGUUUAACUCAUGCUCCAAGUCUUCACUCUUGAGUCUGUACUAAUUCGAUCUCUUUCUACUCAUUCAACGUUGAAAAUAGAAAUAUGGGAAUAAAUUUUAUAUCUUGGAUCCUCCUUCUUCAUCUACUAGUAAUCCUACUGUGUUCUCAUGGAGACCAAGCGAGGGAAAUUCAAAAAAACCAUCAUGAUCAUAAUCAUAUGAGUCAUAAUAUUGAUCCUUCACUAAUGGUUUUCUUCACUUUGAAAGAUUUGAAAGUAGGGAACAUAAUGCAAAUUUAUUUUCCUAAGAGAGACCCAUCAACUUCCCCUAAGUUAUGGUCCAAACAAAAAGCUGAAUCACUUCCUUUUUCAUCAAACCAACUCUCAUAUCUUCUCAAAUUCUUCUCUUUCUCUCAAGAUUCACCUCAAGCAAUGGCCAUGAAAAACACUUUAAGAGAAUGUGAGAGUAAACCCAUCAAAGGAGAGGUAAAGUUAUGUGCUACCUCUUUUGAAUCUAUGCUUGAAUUUACACAAAACGUUCUUGGUUCAAAAUAUGAAAUCCAAGGUUAUGCAACUUUGCACAAAACCAAGUCAAGUGUUACUCUCCAAAAUUAUACUAUAGUAGAAAUUCUAAAGGAAAUUCUAGCUCCCAAAAUGGUGGCUUGUCACACUGUGCCUUACCCUUAUGCUGUUUUUUAUUGUCAUGGCCAAGAAAGUGAUAAUAGGGUGUAUAGAGCUUCAUUGGUUGGUGAGAAUGGAGAUAAGGUGGAAGCUAUGGCGGUUUGUCAUAUGGAUACAUCACAAUGGGCACCAAGUCAUGUUUCAUUUCAAGUUCUUGAGGUUACACCAGGAACCUCUUCUGUGUGUCACUUUUUCCCAGCGGAUAAUUACAUCUGGGUCCCUAAAUUGAAAUCACAAGGUUCUUCUAGGAUGUGAUUUCAAGCUAUCUAUAAUAUAUAAGUAUAAUGGUACUAGUGUGCUUGCACAUUGUGUUUAUGUGCUUCCAUAAUGCUAAAAUAAAUAAUUGUGUGUUGUAAUAGUGUCUUACAGAGCUAAAUAAUGUAAUGAAAAAUAAAUUUAUAAUAAUAGUGAAGUCAGAUAUGCUCCAUUUAUUUUUAAAAAAAAUAA